UAAAUAGAAAAUCAGGUGAUCAGUGUUGUGUUUUGAAGUUGCUUUCAGUGGAUCUCUUUACGUAAUUUAGUAAUUUAUCAAUUCAUUGAAUAACAGCUUUUUUCAAACAACUUUUACUAAUUUUAACUUUCUAUUUUAUUUCUAGAGUUUUGUUGAAAUUAAUGUAAUUAAUCAGCCAACAACUUUUAUUUGAUGUAGUUUUUACCAAUUUCAAGUUGCCAGUUUGGUUACCUGCUUUCUUUGUUAUUGUGUUGUUUUUUCUUUUUAAGCAAAUUUGUGAUACAAUUAACGAGUUGAUCCCCCAUUGAAAUGAAAUUAAUCAUAGCAAUCAUCAGUUUACUGGUACCAUUAAUUGGUAUUUCAAUUGUUUAUAUCCGUCCUUCCAUCAAAGAUCAAAGUAUUGAGCUAAUUUUUUUCCUUGGUAAUACAGUCUACAAUGGAAUCAGAGGAUCUUAUCCAGCAUCUAAAUCAGAUAAAGCUGUCAGCAAUAGCUGCUUAAAUACUGGCGAGAUUUUGAUGACCAAAGAAGAGCUGGCUCAGUUCAAGGGUGACGGGAAAGAAGCUAAAAUUUACCUUUCCUUUCUUGGUGUUGUAUAUGAUGUAUCUAGCGGAUCUAAACACUAUGGACCUGGAGGAGCAUAUGCAUUUUUCUCUGGUAAAGAUGCCACUCGUGCUUUCGUUACCGGAAAAUUUGAUGAAGAAGGUUUAGUGGAUGAUGUGACUGGUUUAACCGUCGAUUCGUUUUCAAGCGUCCGUCAAUGGGAAGAUUUUUAUGAAAAAGAUUACAAAAGAGUUGGUCGUUUAGUUGGAACCUAUUAUGAUGAUUCAGGUUGUCCUACCAAGGCAGUUGAAUAUGUUCAAUCUAUGUAUUUAAAAAUGGAUGAGGAAGAAGCCAAAGCAUUGGAAGAUACUGACCAAUUUCCUCAUUGCAAUAGUGAAUUCCAUGCUGAAACAAAUUACCAUAGAGUCUGGUGUUCUGACAUGAGUGGAGGAACAAAAAGGAAUUGGAUCGGUGUACCGAGGCAGUUGUAUGUACCGAGAGACAAGUCUUAUCGGUGUGCCUGUGUGAAAGAUAAAGGUCCAGCAACUGUUCCAGCAAUUGAUUAUGAGGAAGACGAUGAGGUCACUGGGAAUUUAGAUGAAUCUCAAAGUAUUGAUGCAUCAUCCAAAACUGAUAUUGAACAAGAUGUUGGAGAUCUUAAGCAUCCUAGAGUCAAAGAAUAUCCGAAAUGUGAUCCAAAGUCUUACGAGUGUGUACUUUCAUCGCCUCUUUGAUAGCAUUGAUAUUUUUAAAGCGAACUCGAAAGCAUAGUAUUUAAAUGUUUGUCAAAUUUCAAUAUUAUUUAUUCUCUUGGGCUGUGCACAAUUCAAAUUGUAUUUUAUUAUUCAUUUCAAUGCAAUUCUUUUUUAUAUCAAUUGUAAAACAACUUUAUCAAAAAAUGAUUUGCAAAAGUAAAAAGUGAAAUUUAUUAAAUGAAAUCUU